GUCACGUUUUAUCGCCAGCCAAAACCGGCCUCAGGUGUCCCUCUUCUCCUAGCCUUUCUCUUAGUUUCCGGCGCGGCAAUUAUUCCUUAGCAACGGGUUGCCUCUGGCAACCAGAGGACGCGGCCAGGCCAGCCAGGUUUUAGUGUUUCUAGUGCCAGCUGUGGUCAGAGGCACAGGCAGAGCCAUGUCAGAGAUCCUGUGCCAGUGGCUUAACCAGGAGUUGAAGGUGUCCCAGACCGUGACUCCCAAAUCAUUUGCAAAGGCAUUUUCAAAUGGCUACCUGAUUGGAGAAGUUCUACACAAGUUUGAUCUUCAGGAUGAUUUUUCUGAAUUUUCAGAAAGCAGGAUUUCAAGUGCCAAACUUAACAAUUUUUCUCGCCUGGAGCCAACACUUCACCGUCUGGGUGUGCAGUUUGAUCAGAACUUGGCCCAGAACAUCAUCACAGAGAAGCCUGGGGUGGCAACAAAACUUUUAUAUCAAAUGUACAUUGCUCUUCAGAAAAAGAAAAAAAGUGGAUUCACUGGAGUUGAAGCUAUACAACCUAUGACAAAUACAAAAUUUCAGAGCAUGAGAAGUGAGACUUUCCGAGAUAGACUUAGAAACCUGAUACCACGCCAAACUGAUUUCAGUCUGAUGCGAGUUACAGACAGGUUUCAAGAAAAAUAUAGGAAAAUGAAUGAAGAUCUUGCCCAUGUACAUGUUGAGAAACCUGAAAAAUUUCAAAAUCUCAAGGAAGAGCAAAGAUAUUUUAAUAUAAAAAAGCAACGCUUGAACAGGAGACGUCAGAAUGAAAUAAUGGCCCAAAUCCAAGCAGCUAUCAUACAAAUCCCUAAACCUGCACCAAAUCGUACUUUGAAAGCACUGGAGGUCCAAAAAAUGAUGAAAAAGAAAAAAGAGGCAGAGGAUGUGGCCAACGAGAUUAAGAAGUUUGAAGCAUUAAUUAAAAAGGAUCUCCAGGCAAAAGAAAGUGCAUCCAAGACUUCUUUAGAUACGACAGGCCUGACAGCUACUGAUUUGUUAAACACUUACUCAGAUGAUGACUACAUUAAAAAAAUUCAAAAACGCCUAGAAGAGGAUGCCUUUGCACGAGAGCAAAGGGAGAAAAGACGGCGAAGACUGUUAAUGGACCAGUUAAUAGCCCAUGAAGCACAAGAGGAGGCAUAUCGGGAGGAGCAGCUGAUUAACAGGCUGAUGAGGCAGUCCCAGCAGGAGCGCAGGAUCGCUGUGCAGCUCAUGCAUGUUCGGCAUGAAAAGGAAGUUUUAUGGCAAAACAGAAUUUUCAGAGAAAAACAAUAUGAGGAGAGACGGCUGAGAGAUUUUCAGGAUGCUCUUGAUCGAGAAGCGGCUUUGGCAAAACAAGCCAAGAUUGAUUUUCAAGAACAAGCCCUGAAAGAGAGAGAAAUUCAUGAACAGAUUGCUGUGGAAAGAGCUCAAGCUCAUUAUGAUAAACAUUAUAAAAUCUGUGAAGGAAUUUUGGAUCAGAUACUUGAUUUGUCUACUAAAGUAGCAGACUAUCGACUGUUGACAAAUAAUCUGAUUCCAUUUAAGUUGAUGAAUGAUUGGAAGCAACUGUUUUUUAGUGGAAAGCCUAUAUAUGAGCAAGCUUCAAUUAAGUCUCUGCCUACUACACCUACUCCAGAACAACUUAUAGAACUGGAGAAAAGGGAUUUGCUAGAUAGUCAUGAUUAUGAAGAUUAUAAGAACAUGAUUGGAGAGUGGGCUUUACCAGAAGAAAUGACUGAUCAUUUACCACCUGCAAACAAUUCCAUAUUGGGUCAUGUGAUUCACAGACUAGUUGAAAAAUCUCUUCCUCCUAAAGUUGAAUCAACAGUUUCUGAAAUACCUUCAUAUGCUAUAAAAGGGUGCUUAUUGGGAAAAACAUUUAGUGGAAAAACUACUGCUUUAAAGGCUCUACAAAAAGAUUUUCCUAUCCAUAUACUUUCUAUUGACACUCUUGUCCAAGAAGCUAUCAAAGCUUAUCUUGACAAUGAAAAAGAAAUUACUGUCAUAUCAGAUCAAGAAGAAGAUGAUGCUAACGCUAUUAUGCAAGAUCUGCAAGACUAUUCAGCUAGUUCAAAUAUAUAUGAAGAACCAGAAAUUAAAGAUGAUCUUAGUACCAACAUGAGUAAUGCACCAACAGCUAGGGAAGUCAAAUCAGGUCAUCAUAUAACUGAUUUCACUGUGCGUGCUAAGCUUGGUGCAAAAUCAGAAAAGUUGCUGAAGAAAGGAAAGAGCAUUCCAGAUAUGUUGCUUGUUAGCAUCAUGGUGAAUGCUAUCAAUCAGAUACCUGUAGAUCAAGGCUGGAUCCUUGACGGUUUUCCAAUGACAUUAAACCAAGCAAAGCUUCUGGAGGAAGCCCUCACAGGCUGCAACAGGAUGCUCCUAGAACUUGAGAGAAAGAAAAUGCAAAUAUCUACAUUGGCUAUUGAUCCUACAGCUUCUAUAGAAGUACCUCUCCCCCCUCUUGCAUUUGAUUUUGUUAUGUUAUUAGAUAUCUCUGAUAAUUCCUCACUGAAUCGCAUGAAUGGCCUUUUGGCUGAAGCAUUUUCUCAUGAAGUUUGUCAUGAUGAUAGUGAUCAACCUGUAUCUAUAAAUAAUACAAAUACAGAGGAAGAUGAGAAUGUAAGAGCUCAAAUACAGCACAGAAUUAUAGGCUUCUUAGAUAACUGGCCUUUCUUGGAGCGAUGGUUUACAGAGCCAAAAGAUAUUCUGAUAAAAAUUAAUGCUGAGGUAGAAAAAGAUUUGUUAUGCAAAAAAAUUAAAGAGGUAUUUAUGGCUGAACUGGUGAAAAAGGAGAAUGAAGUUAAAAAGAAAUUAGAAGAAAAGGAAGCUGAGAAAAAAGAAGUCGCUUCCCACGGUGAGCCCUUACUUUCUACUCCUUCCACUUCUUCUGAAGCAGAAAAAAUGAAAGCAGAACAGUCUCAGCAAGAGCGUAUAAAAACUGCUGCAAAAGGAAAACCAACACCAGAAAAUCAGCUUGGUACCCGAGAAACUCUUCAGGAAGGAAAAGGAAAGAAAGGUGAAACUGCACUCAAAAGAAAAGGUUCUCCUAAAGGAAAAUCACAAGGAGGAAAAGUCUCAGUAAAGAAAUCACCUGCAGAAUCUAUAAAUGUGUCACCUACUUCAUUAGGACCACCACCACCUAAACCAGGAUCAGAAGAGUGGGUAUAUGUGAAUGAACCAGUUCCUGAGGAAAUAUGUUCGUUUUUAGUACCUUACUGGGAACUAAUAGAACACUCUUACAUAGAAAACAUCAAAACAGUACUCAGGUAUCUGAGAGAAGACCAUCAUAAUGUGGUUACUUACUUAUACAAUGUUAGAAUAAGUUUUCAGCAAUUUCUAAGACGUCCAGAUCACAAGCAAGAUUAUGUUUCCCAGUGGCAGGCUGAUUUCAACUCUCUCCCUGCUGACCUAUGGGAUGAUGAAGAAACAAAGGCUGAACUACAUCAAAGAGUAAACGAUUUACGAGACCGCCUUUGGGACAUUUGUGAUGCCCGGAAGGAAGAGGCAGAGCAAGAGUGUCUGGAUAUUAUUAGUGAGAGCUGGCUGCAGGACUUGAUUGGAAUAACAAUGAACCAUUUCUUCUCCCUGAUGCAGGCAGAAGUGAACCGUUUCCAAGAUACAAAGAGAUUCCUUCAAGAUUACUAUAGGGGAAUGGAAUGCAAAAUACCAACAGAUGACAAUAAGAAAUUUAUUCGAGUCCCUUUGGUCCAGCUGGAUGGUACAGAUGGUGUGGAUGGCCACCUUAGAAUUCCACUAGUUCCUCGAAUAUCCAUUUCUCCAGAGUCAGCUACAUCUAAAAUCAAGCCAAAAAACAUAUUGAGAGAUAAGAUCGAUUUCUCAAUAGAAAACAUAGAGUUAAACUUUGAGGCAGAUGAGAAGAUGGUAAUGGACACCUGGCAACAGGCUUCUUUAGCAAUAUCUCAGAUGUUGGCUGCCGAGCUUCACCAGAGGCUCAUGGAUGAAGAAAAAGAAAGCCCACCAGCAGACACAAAAGAAAGAUCUCCUCCAGCAGGUCCAAAUAAAAAAGUAAAAAAGGAGGUAUCCAAGACAAAAAAAGAAGAAAAAAAGGGGAAAGGAAAGUCACCACCUAUAAAUGAUUACUCUCCUGUAAUGAUAUCACCAGAGGAAAUGGCUGAAAUGGAAAAGAAAAAUGAACUAAAGCUCAAAAUAAAGGAAGAGCAUCUCGCUGCCCUGCAAUUUGAAGAGGUAGCUACACAGUUUCGGCUUGAAUUGAUAAAGACAAAAGCAUUGCACUUCCUUGGAAAUUUAGUAAAAAAGGCUAUUGAGGUAUAUAAACUCAUGGAAAAGUGGUUUGGUGAAAGAUUUUUGAAAGAGAUGGCCAGGAGUCUUCCAGAUGAUGUGGGCCACGUCUCCAAAAAGCAGAAAAGGCUCAAUUAUUACAUACCAAAAAGGAAUGACCAGUUUUUGAAAAUUUGGCUUAAAAAGUACCCCUGGCUUGUAUACAAUGAACUAUACGAUCUUAUGUUCUGUGCCCUGUGUCGAAAACAUGGCGUGAAGUCCAAGGGCAACCAAAUGAACUUUUCUUAUGGCACCAACAACUUUAGAACUGAAUUCAUCAAUGCGCAUCACCUCAGUGAGGCUCAUGCCAAGGCCUCCUUAAUGGAAGCUACCAGUGGCUCUCCAGUCAACAGGACCACCACGGAGCUGAUGGUUAAGACCAUGAGCAAAGUGACCCUUGGGAGAGUUGAGAACCUGUUCAGAUCAUGCCACGCUCUUGCCAAAACCGGAAGACCCCUUGAGGAUUUCAUCUGGAUGUGCAACUUGGAUGACAUGAAGGGUGUGGACAUAGGUCCAGUUUUCAGGACUAACAAAUCAGCAAGAACAUUUACAUAUUUUAUUGCUGAAGUUGAACGGAGGAAUCUAAGAGAAAAACUUGAGAAAAGCAAGUUUUUCUCAGUCAUCAGUGAUGGAAUCACAGACAGUGUGAUCAAAGAAGCUGAACUUGUCUAUGUGCAGUUUGCUUAUGCAGGGAAAGUACAUUGCCAGAUUGUUGGGGUCCAGACACUAGAGAGGAAGGAUCCUCUAGCGAUAAAAAAUGCCAUUGAAACGACUCUAGAGAGAAAUCUUCAAGUUAGGCUGUCAAAUCAAGACUGGGCAAAGAGACUGGUAGGUUUUGGAAGUGAUUAUGUUCCUACCACAGGAGAGAACAGGGUAUCCCUGCUAUUAAAAGAGAUCCAGCCAUGUGUGCUGACUGUAUAUUGCUUUGCACAUCAUCUCGAAUUAUCUUAUAAAGUAGUGUUCCAGAGCAUCCCCCUAUACAAGGACGUCCAAGAUCUUCUUCACAGCAUUUAUCACUUCUAUCACAAUUCCCCUCUUCACAAGAGUUCUCUGAUAACUGCUUUCAGAGACCUUCACCUUCAACCUGUGAUGCCUGCUCAAGUCGGAGACAGGAAGUGGCUUCAGAGAUUACAAGCAGCACUCCAGAACUUUCUCAAGGGAUAUCCUGCAAUUGUCCAGCAACUUCACACAGCAGAUGAAGGCACAAGUGAAGCUAGUCACCAAAAAGUCAAAGAAUUGCUACGGUUCCUUCUUCAAGCAGACAUUAUCAAAUUUGUCCAUUUCUUAAUGGAUGUCAUUAAUGUCCUCAGCAUUCUUUCCUUUGAAAAUCGGAAUAGAAGUUCUUCCAUUGCUGAUGUAUUUGCUACAUUGGAGUCAACACUGGAAAUGCUCAAAAUAUAUCAAACAAGGCCAGGGCCAAAAGAACGUACGAUUGAUUUAGUCACACACUUUCAUGGUAACUGCCUUGUAGGAAAGGGAAACAUUUCUGACGUGAGAAACAAGGUUUUGGCACUUCUUAUCAAGAGACUGAAAGACUGUUUCAGAGAUGCCAGCCAAGAUGUGAUAAAGGCAACCAUGAUUGGCAGCUUUAAGUUGUGGCCUGUGAGGAUAAAUCAAGAAUUUGGAGAAAAAGAGGUAUCCAUCCUGACUGCACAUUAUGGAUCAGUAUUACAGGCUGCUAAGGUGAAAAUUGAUGAGGUGGACACUGAAUGGAAUAUGUUGAAAUUAGAGAUUUAUGCUAGAUUUCAGAACAUUCGCAAGUUGACUUGGGAUUUUGUAAAUUCUGUUUACUUACACAAAUAUCCAAAUAUCCUGACUCUAGUGGACCUAGUGCUGACCCUUCCUGCAAGUUCCGCAGAGGCAGAACGUGGCUUUAGUCAAAUGAAAUGUACCAAGUCACAAAUGCAUGACAAGAUCAAGGAAGAUAGUAUAAUUGGAAAUAAAGCAUUCAUUGAUAUCAUGCUUGAUUUGGUGACCCUGAACCUUGGAACAAACAACUUUCCUAGUAUUUGGAUGCAUCUCACUCAAUCUGAAAUGCAGGAGUUAACAUCAUUAUUAGUAGUGAACUCAGAGUUUGUGGACUGGCGGAAGUUCCUAUUAGUAGCUGCACUGCCUUGGCCCAUCCCUCUAGAGGAAGAACUCCUGGAAACCCUACAGAGGUUCAAGGCUGUGGAUGAGCAGAAGUUGGGCACUGUCACUUUCAAGCAGUACAUGCAGGUUGGCCUGUGGUUUACAGGAGAUGAAGAUACAAAAAUUCCAGAAAAUCCUCUUGAACCCCUGCCAUUCAAUAGGCAUGAACAUCUUAUAGAGUUUUUCUUUAGGUUAUUUGCUGACUACAAGAAAGAUCCACCUCAACUUGAUUACACCCAGAUGCUGCUUUAUUUUGCUUGCCAUCCAGAUGCUGUGGAAGGAGUCUACAGGGCCCUCAGUGUGGCCAUAGGGACUCAUGUCUUCCCACCAGUCAAAAUUCCUACUCAUCAUACAGAAAAGGCACACUCUUCUACUGAUAUGACUCCAUCUGAAGAAUAUCCCGAAGCUGCAGUAAAGACAAGUGAGGAAAGGGGAUUAGAGGAGAGAAAAGGAGAAAAGGAAGUAGAAAUAGCUGAAAAUGCAAACACUGGAAAGAUUUCCAUGGAAACACUACUUAAAGUAUUUCGAGGGGGAAAUGAAGACUCUAGCAGAUUUUCUGUACACCUAAAGACAGACAACAUUUAUUCAGAGAGCUUUGUAAAAGUAUUUAAGGACCUUGGUGCCAAGAAUCUGGAACCACUUGAAGUUGCUGUUCUUUUGAAGCAUCCUUUCAUCAAAGAUCUAAUUUCAAGUUAUUCAGAAUAUAAAAUUCCUGAUAUUAAAACAGUCCUCCAAAGGAGUGAGCAUGCACAAGGAAGUGAUGGAGAGAGAUCUCCUUCAAGACUUACAGAGGAAAAGAAGUGAAGACAAGAUUGUGACUUUUAUAAUUUGACAAUGAGUCUUCCAAACAAAAAAUGUGAACAUGGUGUUUGUUGGUCACUAUAAUUGUAAGUGUAAAUGACCACUUCCAAUUUAUGAGGGAUAUUGAAAAAGGA